AUGGAAUCAUCUACACCACAGAAUCUGAAACCAGUUCGGAGCAACGGACUUUCAUCAGAACCAAGCAAUGAUAAUAGUGCUGGCUCCUUGUCACGACAACUACAACCAUCACAACCAUCACAACCAUCAAAACCAUCACAACCACCACAACCACUACAACAGCAGCAACAGGCAAAGCAGCCACAAGCAAUACAGAAACUGGCGGAGCUUCCAACUUUACCAAAUGCAUCACAAUUUAUAGCAAACAAGAAAUCUCCAGCAACAGCUCCUUUGCUGCAAUCAAGUAAAAUAAUCAUGCCGCCUCAACAAGGUACAAGACCGCUUCAACUGCCUACCAACAAUAUUAACACAGCUACAAACAGGUCUCCUAUGACAACUACCAUUCAAAAUGCAGCACAAGCUGCAACUACUACUACUACUACUACUACUACUAAUAAUAAUAAUAAUAAUCAGCCCGUCAAACAGGCUGUCAAACCUAUUACACAAGCACCAUAUAUGAAGCAACCCGUGCGGCAUCACCCAAUAGCACCUAAAUAUACGAAAAUUCAGCCAGCAAUUGCUCCCAAACCCAAACCCAUUGCUAUAGCACCUCUGAGCUCUAGUCUGUUCAACCCAAUACCAACUGGUAAAUGUUCGCUACUGAUAAAACUGACGUUACAUAUACAGGGAACAGACUCUAAUUCAUUGAACACUUCAAAGAGAUGGGUGCUACCGCCACGGCCAAGACCAGGAAGGAAGCCAACUGCAGGGGAAUGUGACAAGGUAAUCAAGACGCCCGCAAAUACUGUAAAGCGGAAACCAAAAAGUUUAGGUACAAAUGGUGGGGGAACUGGAGUCCCUUCACUAGCAACAAACAACUCAAAUGUUGCUGCAACUACACCAGCUGCUGCUACAAAUGCAUCAAAUGCCAUUAAUCGAACGUCUUUAUCUAUAAAUUCACAACCUCAGAAAACUGUACAAGAGAUGCGCCAAACCAAUAGCCCAGUAAUAAACAAAACCCACAGCACCCAUAACAACAAAACUUAUACACCGCUUAAGCAACCUUCAAACCCUAUCAUAAACAACUCAAACAAUAACGAUAACAAUAACAAUAACAAAAGCAAAAACCUCAUCAUCAACAAUAAUAACAGCAAUAUAAAUAACAACAAUAUCAUUAUCAACAACAGCAACAGCAACAGCAACAGCAACAGCAACAGCAACAGCAACAUCAUCAACAACAACAAUAAUAAUAAAAUUAAUAUUAAUGACAACAAAAAGAACAUUAACAUACCGAUUGAACCGUCUGCUGUAAAGAAAGAGACCUCUGUGACCGGAAACAUACCUAGUUUGACUACUCAAGAAAAUAAUUGCAAACCAGUUACAUCAUUGUUGCCAUCACCAGAUACAACACUAAGGACCCAAACUUUACCACGAAAAUCAAAUCAAUUGUCACCGACACCAAACACGACGACUACUAAUAAGACAACAAAGACGACACCAAACAUGAGCGCACAAACUAUCCAUCAAAAAGCAAGUCUGCAAUUGCAAACACCAAACACAGCAACAGUAGUACCAGUACCUGCCACGACGACGACGACGACGACGACGGCGAUGAUACCGAAUACGCUUCGAAAUGUUGACGGUCAAAAGGCUUCACAAAAUGAGCUUACCUCUCCAAAAUUAUCAUCGCCUCUCUUUUCGAACAAAACGAAUCUCAAUACUUCACAAAUUGUACAAACGCCAGUGAAGAAAUUACCAACGCCGCCUCCACCUUCAAAAGCAAUCGAUCCGGCUACGCAAAUGAUGGGUUUGAAAAUGUCAUAUUUGUCCAAAUUGAAAGAGCAGGAAUUAAUGAGAAAUUAUAUCGAGGUGCUUACAAAUCAGAUAAAAGAAUUGAGUUUUGUCCAAAAUGGCGUGAUCACAUUUGAUGCAUUGAGGACUACUGCCAAAAUGAGUCCAGCAAGCACUAUGACGAGUAAACGAUUAACCUCGACAUUGACCAAUUCCAAAAUUGACCAACUUGAUUCCAUAAACAAUUUGAAUGAUUUGAACAAGUUUUUGAGCUACUUGGGUAAGUCAUCGGAUAUCAUUAAGAAUGCACAAAGGCAUCCGAGUCCUGCAAAUGCUGGUGCAAAUUCAAAUGCAAAUGCAAAUCAGUAUAGAAAUGCAGAUGGAAACUCAAAUGUAAAUGUAAAUGUAAACGGAAGCACAGUUACAAGUACUUUGGGUACCGAUACUGGUAGUGGCCUUUCCAAGUCUCCUUCAAUGAUUAACACAUCAGAGUCAAUCAAUCAUCAGAUUGAUUAUUACUUAGAUCUUCGAAAUAGAUUCAAAGUUUUAAACACACAAAGGGUCAAAGCCAAUGCGCCAAGAAAGAAGAACAAGUCACCACAGCAAGGUUAUUACCAGUCCCUUCCCGCUACUUCUACUAAACUCAGCACCAACACUGCUCAACCAAACGCAUCUUCAUCUACAACAAGCGCGAUCAACACUUUAUCAUUAAAGGCAGGCGAUAAAUUGUCUUUUUCAGAUAAAUCUGCACUGAAAAUUGUUGCGGCACAACCAGUACCAGUACAUGCAACUGCAGCCGCUGCAAACACCACUGGGAUUGAAGGCAAUACUAAUAAUGCUUCUGCUCAUUUUACUCCAGAUUUGUUACACCCUUUGAAAGCCUCCAAAUUGUUCAACGACUCUCAAAACGAUUACGAUAUGCUGGAAUUACAAACUGCAACGAUUGCGGAAUCACCAGCAUCUAUGAAACAAUCUGGAAGUGGCUCCAAAAGCAAUGACAGUGUCAACACUAGCAUGAUUACCCUGGAGGUCUUGUCUAGUUUACAGAAUAUGGAUAUUGACUUGUUUGUUGAUGAGAAUGAGUUUUUAAAUAGGUUGGUCUUAAAUGACGUCAAUGAGGGUUCAAAUGGAGAAAUUGAUGAAAACGGUGUAAACGGUGUAAACGGUGGGACUGGCGACGGUAGUAAUGGUUUGAAUGAUUAUGAAGUAAGCUUGAAAAGGGAAGAAAUGGAAUUGGGAAAAGUUGAUAUUCACAAUGACAAGGAUGGAGGAGUUGCAGAAGGUGGUGAAACACAAAGUUCUUCAAACAGCAAGUUACAAGUAGAAAUCAAGCAAGAGAACACGAAUGUGGACGGUAGAGGCUUUGAGAUAAAUAAUAGCGAGGCGAUAAUGCGCAAAAAAUUCAAAUUCAAUUGCGGGUUCUGCACAAAAGAUACCCCGUGUUUAUGCUUUGAUUCUGACUGGGAGCUACAAGGAAUGAAGUGA